AUGCUCAACAUUGAAUUGAAAGUCAUUGAAGGACGAAGCUUAAAAGGUGCUGAUUUUGGCGGGUUAUCAUCCGACCCGUAUUGUAAAAUCAUAACCAGUCAGUGCACACAACAAACACAAACAUGUAACAUGACUCGUAACCCACAAUGGAACAGAUCAUUUAAUAUGCAAGUAACACCUGGCGAAGACAUUCGUUUUGAAUGCUAUGAUUAUGAUCGUUUCGGGAAGAAUGACAGUCUUGGAAAAACACAUUACCGUGUCGUACAAGGAUUCCCAGGUCAAGUGAUCGACACUUGGCUUGGUCUCGAUAAAAAAGGAGAAAUCCAUAUCCAAAUCAUUCACAAAGGAGGCGUACCAGGUAUGUGUGGUGCACCCCACAUGGCGCCAGGUAUGGCUCCGGGUAUGUGUCAACCACCUAUGGCCCCUAUGGGUGCUUAUCCUCCACCAAUGGGCGCUUAUCCUCCUCCCAUGGGAGCUUAUCCACCACCUAUGGGUGCCUACCCACCACCAAUGGGGGCAUACCCACCUCCUAUGGGUGGAUAUCCACCAAUGUAUCCACCACCUGGACCAGGUGGAUAUCCAAUGGGAUAUUACUAA